AUGUGUGAAGUGUCUCGACAUUGUUUUUCAUGUCCGAGGACUAUGCAAUCCAGUAUACAUGAUGAGGAUGAGUUGCGGGUCGUUAGAAGAGAGAGCAUACUCGAUAAUCGCAUCGUAGUCCUCAAGGUCGGUUCCGCUCCGACGAAAGACUUUACUGUACACGAAGCAAUACUUCGCGAACACUCCCACUUCUUCCGCUCAGCUCUCGACAAGCGAUGGCGCGAAGGACGCUCUCGCAUUGUCGAGCUCCCAGAUGACGAUGCCGAAGUCGUAUCAGCAUACGUAGACUGGCUAUACUUCCGCAAGAUAGCCUCGAAGCCUAUUUCCCCUCCCGAGCUGCCAAUGGACGAUGGUGAAUAUCAGCUCCUCGCGCAGCUCUACGUCUUCGGCGACAAAGUCCAAGCAGAUGCCUUCUGCGAUAGCGUCCUCGACGCCAUGGCCCAAAAGACAGAUGAUGUCGCAACAGAUGGGACGAGGACAUUUCCCAGCCAUUCUGCCAUCAUGGCACUCUACAACGGCACUCCAAUGGGAUCGCCUGGAAGACGUUUCGUGGUCGAUAUGUACGCAGAGUACGGAGCGCAAAGCUGGAUACCGUCAGAGUCAGAGUUCAAUCAUGCUGAAUUUUUGACGGAUCUCGUGCGCGCAUUGUUGGACAAACGGCAGACUUCGUCGGUACACAAGCAGUCCAACUUCCCCCGACGACGGAAGUGGCACAAAAAUACCGAUGCCGCGGAGUUCUUGCAGCCCGCGACAUCCAGAGAGUGA